AUGGCUCAGGUCUUCGGUAUCCCACCUCAUCCAUACUACCCACAGGAUGCACACAUCCCAAAUUAUGUUCCCAAUACAAGCUCUCUCAUCGAGCUGCUUGUCCGCCUGGCAAGCUUGCUGAGCAUCACCGUCUUCACCGCACUAUGGCUCGCGACAAGGUUCAACCCGAGGCUCUCUCUGGUCGACAAGACUGUGUUCGGCUGGUUCGUUUUAUGUGGAUCGCUGCACUGUUUCUUCGAGGGUUAUUUCUUGUAUAACCAUGCCACCCUCGCCAGUUCACAGGACCUCUUUGCUCAGUUGUGGAAAGAGUAUGCACUGUCCGACUCUCGCUAUCUGACGUCGGACCCCUUCAUGCUCUGCGUCGAGGCCAUCACAAUCGCCGUAUGGGGACCCCUCAGUUUCGCAACAGCUGUAUCGAUCACCCGCACAGGCAGCCUGCGCUAUCCCCUCCAGAUCAUCGUGAGCGUGGCACACCUGUAUGGAGUGGCGCUGUACUACUCCACCUGCUAUGUCGAAGAGAAAACCAAUGGUGUCAUGUACAGUCGGCCCGAGUUCCAGUAUUUCUGGGUCUACUUUGUUGGAUUCAAUGCCCCAUGGGUACUUGUUCCUGCAGUCAUCAUUGUACGUAGCAUCCAGAACAUCAACAAGUCGACUAGGGCGUUCGAUAAGGUGGCCGCCACUCUAGACAGGAAGAGGGAUAGAUUGAAAGCUGCGUUUCAGUAG